AGGAGGAGCUGGUCGCUGCAGAUGGGUUAAAGGCGCGGCGCUGUGUGGUUGUCAGCAAGCAGCCACGUGUGGAAAAAGUGAGGAAGCUUCAGAAACAGUCACGCAGUGUUUGAGGAACACUGAAGGACCACCGACGUCUGACCUCCAGUCACAGCUCCUCCUCCGCACAGUGACAUGCUGCUCAGGUCUGUCCACAGACGGCCUCAUGCAGGGGGGUCAGCACGACCACUUCCUGUCCUGCUGCUGGCCAUGAUGACGGUGGCAGCGGUGAGCGCCGACAACACAGGCACAGAGGACAGUCAGGAGAUCCAGAGGGAGCAGGAGGAGGACAUCAGCACAGAGGUCCCGGAGCCUUCAUCCUCAGAGGCCUCCAGACUGUCCCCUCUUGACUCCUGGCUGGUUUUCAUACGGAACUCCAACAAGGGGGACAACCGAAAAACCAAAGCAUCCAGGAAGACCUCAAAGCAUGGUCUUCCGGGACCACCAGGACCUCCAGGACCACAGGGACCUCCUGGACCUCCGGCUCCCUUCCUACAGCAGCAGAAAUUGAUCCAGGAGCUGCAGCAGAAAGUGACAGACGUGGUGAGAGGGGCGUGUCUGCUGUGUGAUGGUCCUCCUCGUGUUUCCAGCUCCUUCCACGGUCGCCUCCUGCAGACUGUCAGUGUUCCUCGCCGCAGCUUGUUGGAGCUGCAAACGUUCACACAGCCCUCAGGUUCCGAGUGGAGCCUGCAGAGGGGUCAGAGCUUCAACGCCAGCACCGGACGCUACACAGCGCCCAUGCCGGGCUUCUACCAGCUGACGGCCAGCCUGCAUAUCACAUGUGGGGACAGAGUUCAGGUCCGGAUCAGAGACGGGAUCAAAGCAGCCAUCUGCAUCGAUUCCCUGUGUCAGACUAACCUCUCGGUGGAGUCGGUGACGGCAGUGAUGGCUGCUGGCGGAUCCUUCACCAUCUUAGUCAGUGGAACGUUGUAUCUGCAGGCAGGCGAAUACGUAUCAGUGUUUGUGGACAACGCCACCGGCUCGGCCAUCAGCAUCCUGCAGGGGUCGCUGUUCUCUGGAAUCCUGCUGGGAGUCUGACAACAUUCACAACAACACGUGGCGUCACGACUGUACGUCGCAUGUCGGCGCAGAGGUGAUCACGUUUCUUCUUCUAAAAAACCAACAAACCAUUUGAGCUCUUGAAAUGUCAAAGAACAGACAGCAGGGAGCGAACGGAGAAUCUCCUGACGAGCACAUGCACAGAGUGAAGUGUGUUAUUAUUUAACGAGCGCCGCGUGGCGCCACAACAGACCCAACAUCAGCUUCUGGAGCUCGGAGGCAGUCGCGCGACGAAGCUUCUGCCGGCACACGUUGCUCUGCCUAUUUGGAACAUUUCACAUUUUGGAACAACCGAACAUUUCUAAGGCAUCGUCUUCUCUCUGAGCUUUACCUUUGAGUUCAGUUUUUCCAUUUUGAAUGUUUGUUUGAGGUGUUUUUUGUGUUGUUGUUGCUUAAAUGUUAUUUUUUAAACAUUUUGUCUGUUUUUAGGUGUUUUUUUGCUUUGAUUCUUAAAAUUUUUUUUUUGUUUUUUUUUUGUUAAAAAAAACAUAAAAAAACAUUUCCUCCUUUCCUUUAGCUUCAGUUUGUCAGUUUGCAACCUUUUCUGCAGAAAAAUGACCUCAGACAACCUUUUGAACUCAUCUGGCGAAAGUUUUUUGUCCUUAACUCAGCUCACAAUGAAUUUCAGUUUUUAAUAUUAAAUUGUUUUUAUUUGUUUUAAUUAAAAGCUUCAGACACAAAACAUGAAACUCAGCAAGUGUUUCUUUCGUUCUGCACAGAUAUUUGUCAAAUAUUUAUUCUCCUCGUUGUGAAUAAUUGUGAAAAUAAAACUUUUCACUCACGUAUUAUUG